AUGGGCGAAGCUCUAUAUGAUCUUGAAAAAAUUCUCCGAUCCAGACAGGAGAAAUUGACAAGUCAAGAAGCAAAUACACUCUUGGCAUGCAAGGCUCAGGCUAUGAGAGGUUUCACCAUUGGCUUCGGUGGUGGUUCUGUGUGUACUUGGCUAGCAACCCAAAGGCUAGGUAAUCUAUUUCGCUUUAACCUUACACUGGGAGCUGCUGCUAUUUGUGGAUUAUGGAAAUUUGGUAGGUCACUUGAUUCUUGCAUUGAACAUAUUCUUUCCUUGGAGGGAAGUCGGAUGCAAAGGGAGUUGGCAAAUGUAAUGUUGAAAAAGUAUCACCGUGAUCCUUGGGUGAUGGAACGUCUCUCUAAACAUUUCUACUCGGAGGAAGUUUAUGAUGACUCAUUAGCAGACCAGCCAAAGGUUAGGUGGCGUUUCCGGAAUUAUUUUGGAGAUAAUGUUGCGCAUCCUCAAACUACGUCCAAUAGUGAGGAAACUGAUACAGAGAAAAAUAAUCUCAAGAAGUCUAGUAGGGAGGCCCCAAAAAAUUACAUGAAUGCUACUGUUGAUGCUAUGGAAAAUCCAUUUGAUUGCAUUUUCGGGCUUCCUGCAAGGGUAGAGGAGAUUCCUCACCCUGACACGUCCGGCACAUUAUCUAAAAGACAGAGACGCAUCCAGAAACGAUCUCAUCGUAGGCAUAGGAAGCUUCAUCAAGAGGUUUCAGAUGUUUGA